CCCUACAACAAACAUGGCCGCGAAAUCUGAUGGUGCACCCGUCUCUCUACGAAACGAAAUCCCACCCGAGUGUCCCUCCAGGUCGGACCCGCGGCCUCCCCAGCACCGUCCCUCCGAGCAGCGCUACUCCCUUCCGGACUGCUGCUGGACGCUCUGCGCCCUUUUGGUGUUCUUCUCGGACGGGGCCUCAGACCUGUGGCUGGCCGCGGACUACUACCUAAGGACCCGCUACUGGUCCUUUUCGCUGACUCUUGUCUUUGUGAUAGUCCCGUCCGUGGUCGUGCAAGUGUUGAGCUUCCGAUGGUUCGCCUACGAUUUCGCGGAAACCGUCGAGAGCGGCACGGCCGCGGCCGCAGUGGUGGCGGCGUCGGGAGCGGAGGAGAGCGACUUCAGCACCAAGGACAGCGGCGAGCGGGGCGCUGGCCGCUCUGCCGCGGCCGGGGUGCUGCCAGGGCCGGGCACCGGGGGAGGAGCCCGGGGCUGCUGCAGAUUCUUCAUGUGGCUCUUCCAGGCCAUCAUUCACAUCUUUCAGCUGGCACAGGUCUGGAGGUAUGUCCACGCCCUGUAUUUGGGCGUUCAGAGCCGCUGGCACAGAGACCCAGAGCGCCGUCACUACUACUGGCGCAUGAUGUUUGAGAGCGCCGAUAUCAGCAUGCUGCGUCUGCUCGAGUCCUUCCUGAAGAGCGCCCCUCAACUGGUGCUGCAGCUAAGCAUCAUGAUCCAGGCCGGUGAUGUGAUGCCCCUCCAGGGGCUUUCAGCUUCUGCCUCGCUGAUAUCCCUCGCCUGGAUGGUCGCCUCCUAUCAGAAAGUCCUGAGGGACUCUCGAGAUGAUAAGCUACCCAUGACCUACAAGGCCGUCAUAGUUCAGAUCCUGUGGCACUUGUUCACCAUCGGCGCCCGCACUUUGGCCUUCGCCCUGUUUGCCUCUGUUUUCCAGCUUUACUUUGGAAUCUUCAUCGUGGCCCACUGGUGCAUCAUGACGUUUUGGAUAAUUCAAGGCGAGACGGACUUCUGCAUGUCCAAGUGGGAGGAGAUCAUCUACAACAUGAUGGUGGGCAUUGUGUAUGUUUUCUGCUGGUUCAGUGUGAGGGAGGGGCGCACUCGCUGCAGGAUGCUCAUCUACAGUCUGACUGUGUUGGUAGAGAAUGUGGCGCUAACCACUGCCUGGUAUUUGUACCGCGGCCCUCGUACCUCAGACUUCUACGCCGUCAUCAUGGUGUGCGUGGUGGCCAGCAGCUACGCUCUGGGCACCUUCUUCAUGUUUGUGUAUUACUGUCUGCUGCACCCUGACGGCCCGGUCUCAGGGUGGGGUUAUAUUGUGGAGAAGGAGGUGCCUGUGGAGUCGCUGGCCUCCCCAGCUACCAGCCUCCCCCCUGACCUGGUGAGCAGCCCCCCCAGGACCCUUCAGAGAACUAAAGGGUCAGAAAGAGGAGAGCAGGGGUCAGGGGUGGAUGGAGAUGUGUUUCAGGUGCGACCACCUCGGGGAACUCAGGCCCCAGUGCCCAACCUCACGCCCAGGACAGAGGGGCCUGUCAUCCGAAUAGACCUGCCCAGGAAGAAGUACCCCGCCUGGGACGCUCACUUCAUCGACCGCCGGCUGCGUAAAACCAUCCUGGUGCUGGAGAGUGCCGCCCCGGUCACGCCAAGGAUUCAGUACCGCUGUCUGGGCACACCCAAAGAAGUGAUGGAGUACGAGACCACCGUGUAAUGUGCUGAAGGUGCUGUGACUCAGCUCGCUGCCAUGUGGACACCAUGCCUUAAAUAAAACGGCAGGUGGAUGACUCUCGCUGAGCAGCCUGUUUCAGCUCCACGCCUACUUGAUCGCUCUCUGUACUGUGAGGCAGUGGAGACAAAAAAGGCGAAAGAAGGGACAGAGUGUGGUGUCUUUAUUUUUUACAAAGGCAGAGAUGCUGUGAUAUUGUCUUAUGAUGGUGCAUAUUUCGGUUUCUGUAUCAUUUCUCAGGUCAGGGUGUGGUACAGGAAGAGGUCGACGUUAGCAGCAAAUCUCGCUCUCGAGUGAAGUUAGAGACAAGCACAGGUAGGCAGAGAAGUGGAGCUGAUUGUCAAUCAGAGGAAAAAAGUCCUCCUCAGUGAAGGUGCUUCAGCACAUCGUCUCAAGGCGGUCAACAACAGAGACGAGCCUUCAACAUGCAUGAUUAUUUAUGGCAGCUAGAACCGAAAUAUCACGGAAGAAGACGCAAAAGAGUGAAACUUCGCACUGUAAUUUUAAACACAGUCUACAAUAUCUACAACACAGGCACUGAUGGUCAUCAUCAUAAAUUCCAUAGCUACUCACUCAUGUUGAAGGAGUCUCUGAAAAUGCUGCUUCAUAUCCGAAGGGCAGUUUAAAAGCAACAUUUGAGUUGAAUGUAAAAAAAAACAGUUGAAAAUGUGAUUAUUUGUGGAAAAGCUUUGAGCGUUUUCAUGCUGUUAGUGGGA